AUGCACAGAUCAUUCGAAUAUAGGGAACAGCAUUUCAAGUGUUAUUUAUACAAAAAGCGCGAACUGAGUCGGGCAGGCAUUAUUGAGACCUUCAUGGAGUCGGCCCCUCAGCUCGUGCUUCAGCUCUAUAUAGUGGAGAUGCGUAGCACUCAGAACAUUGGUGUCUUGUCAGGUGUGGGAGUUUUAGCAUCAUUACUGGGGCUCUCAAUAUCAGUAGUUACUUACGAAAGAAUGCGUGUAUGGUAUUUCAAUGGUAGUAAAUGGAGUUUACCGGAACAUGGCGCAAAUUAUCUAUGGCGAUUGUUCGAAAUCAAUGCGCGCGUAUUAGCCAUAUCGCUGUUUGCCAGCGUAUUCCCAAUUCACCUAGCUGUGGUCGGCUGUGUGCACUACCUGGCCAUGUUUGUUUGGAUCGGAGACGUCAUGAGUGACACCGAUCGCAAAAAUAAGACAUCUAGCGCACCGCCGCUCGCGACGACCCCCGAUUGGCCGCCAAUCAAUUGGCCGGAAAUACCUGAGCCAAUAGGGGAGAGUCAAUCGAACCAAUUUACUCGUACCAGAUUUUACAAAGAGCUCAGAAAUUCAGCCGGAGUGUAUAUACUCUAUGGAUCCAUUCCCAUAGUAAUAAUACAACGAAUUCCGAGUCUAACACUGUUGCAAAUGAUGGACCAAUUGUAUCGCCACAACUGCCUAAUGAAAUAA